GAGCCGCUCCGCCCGAGGGGACUCCUUGCCGGCAGCCCCGCGCGGAGCGUUGCCCGGGUCCUCGAGCGGCCCCGGCGGCAGGCGGAGCACCAUGCCCAAGAAGAAGCCGAUGCCGAUCCAGCUGAACCCCGCGCCCGACGGCUCCGCCAUCAACGGGACCAGCUCGGCGGAGACAAAUUUGGAAGCCCUGCAAAAAAAGUUGGAGGAGUUAGAACUUGAUGAGCAGCAACGGAAACGUCUCGAGGCCUUCCUUACUCAGAAGCAGAAAGUUGGGGAGUUAAAGGAUGAUGACUUUGAGAAAAUCAGUGAACUGGGUGCUGGAAAUGGUGGUGUGGUUUUCAAAGUUUCGCACAAGCCCUCUGGCCUCAUUAUGGCAAGGAAGUUGAUUCAUCUAGAGAUCAAGCCAGCCAUUCGGAACCAGAUCAUCCGGGAACUGCAAGUCUUGCACGAGUGCAAUUCUCCCUAUAUAGUGGGUUUUUACGGAGCAUUUUACAGCGAUGGGGAGAUCAGUAUUUGCAUGGAGCACAUGGAUGGUGGAUCCUUGGAUCAAGUCCUGAAAAAGGCAGGCAGAAUCCCCGAACAGAUCCUAGGCAAAGUUAGCAUUGCCGUCAUAAAAGGUCUAACAUACUUGAGAGAGAAACAUAAGAUAAUGCACAGAGAUGUUAAGCCAUCCAACAUUCUGGUUAACUCCAGAGGGGAGAUCAAGCUUUGUGAUUUUGGUGUCAGUGGACAGCUGAUAGAUUCAAUGGCAAACUCCUUUGUGGGAACAAGGUCCUACAUGUCUCCUGAAAGACUACAAGGGACCCACUAUUCAGUGCAGUCAGACAUCUGGAGCAUGGGGCUUUCGCUGGUGGAAAUGGCCAUCGGCAGGUACCCAAUCCCACCACCGGAUUCGAAGGAGCUGGAGCUCAUGUUUGGGUGCUCCGUAGGGGGCGAUUCUCCCAUCUCUGAGACAUCACCCCGCCAGAGAACACCAGGACGGCCAGUGAGCGCCCACGGUUCAGACAGCAGACCACCGAUGGCCAUCUUUGAACUGCUCGACUAUAUUGUAAACGAGCCCCCUCCAAAGCUUCCCAGUGGGGUCUUCAGUCCAGAGUUCCAGGACUUCGUGAACAAAUGCCUGAUCAAGAAUCCUGCAGAGAGGGCAGAUCUGAAGCAGCUUAUGGUCCACAUGUUCAUUAAGAGAUCAGAGGCAGAAGAGGUGGAUUUUGCAGGCUGGCUGUGCUCCACCAUUGGCCUCAACCAGCCCAGCACCCCAACCCAUGCCGGAGGAGUCUGAACACCCGAGAGCGAUGCCAGAUUCACUGAGCGUUGUACGUCUUCAUCCCGAGCGAGGCCUGACUAGGAGCCCACCCAAGACCCUCUGAAACAAACUGGAAUGGUGCUUGGUGGAUUUGUAGCCCAACUCACCUCCCAUCCAGCUGUCUAAAGCAAUGCUCUUUUGGUCCUGUUUUUUCACAGCUUCCGUCUACCAGAAAGUGUAUCCCCACCCCACCCCUCCUUAAAAACGAUGUCUCCCUACUUUGCAUGCGCCAAGUUAUUUUCCAGGUCCAUUUCUUUUUCUCCCUGUGGUUCUAAAUUAACAGCUGUUGUGUUUGAUUACUUAUUUGCUAACUGACCAACAUGUGAUACUUUAAGUUAGUGAUCCGCAAAUUUGGAGUGAAUGUUGGAUACCCUUUCACAAGGGGAAAUCCUGCCAGAGCUGCUGCCGCCUUCCCACUUGUUAGCUUGGUCUGAACCUUUUGCAACUUGGUGGUACGUCACAAUUUGUUUAGCCAGUCUUGGUUAGGGAUGCUGUGAGUAAACCUCUCCUAAGCAUGUAUUGCUGCUGCUAAGCUGAGACUGAAACUAUGAACAACUGUUUGCUCUUUGUGCAACGAACUCUCGAUAGAUGUGAGCAAAGACCGCAUCCUGAACUGCCAGCCCUCUUUUCCCCACACCCCAGCAACAUAAAUGUGUUGGCACUUCUAUUUAUUUUUAAGUGUCUCAUUGGAUACUUGGGGAUUGCAUCGUGGUGGAUAUCUCCCUCCCAGUUAAUUUGGUAUUUGUAUUUGAAAGGGAUGGAAAGAAAACUAUCCCUCAGACAGAAUCAAAGGAUUGUGUUUGGGGCUUUUUAAAAGGAGAAACGCAUCCAAGUUGCUUUCCUUCUAGAUCCACUGAAGUUUGAUAUGACAAAUUGUGCAUACUUUGUGUUUGAAAAUUCUUUUAAUCAUUUUAUUCUUUCAGAUGUUGAGCAAUUUCAUCUUACACUAAUAAAUACAUCAUGAAGUUACAUCAGGGAA